AUGGCGACUGGAACCGCGACGACAACGGCCACGGCCACUAGCAUCGCGAAGGUGAGCCCGCAAGGUGGCAUCCUUGAGGGAGGAAAUCCAUCCCAUUAUGACCCCAAGAACCCGCUUGUUCUGUUUAUUAUUCAGGCGGGGAUUAUCAUCGUGCUUUGCCGCCUUAUUCACUGGCCUCUCUCUAAGAUCCGCCAACCCCGAGUCAUUGCAGAGGUCAUCGGCGGCAUUAUCCUGGGCCCCUCGGUGAUGGGCCGUAUCCCCGGCUUUACUGAUGCUAUCUUCCCCGCUGCAAGCAUCCCCAGCUUGAAUGUGGUUGCAAACCUAGGCCUGGUCCUCUUCUUGUUUCUGGUGGGUCUGGAAACGGACCUCCGGUUCCUCAUGAGCAACUGGCGCGUGGCACUGAGUGUUUCAGCUGCAGGUAUGAUCCUACCAUUUGGCUUGGGAUGUGCCAUCUCCUAUGGACUGUAUAAUCAUUUCCAUGACGACCCUAGUACGGUGCCAAUCAAGUUCGGUACCUACAUGCUGUUUAUUGGUAUUGCCAUGGCCAUCACGGCGUUCCCGGUGCUGUGCCGUAUCUUGACGGAGCUGAAGCUGCUCGGGACCCGGGUCGGCGUCAUUGUAUUGUCCGCUGGAGUCGGAAACGAUGUGGUUGGUUGGAUUCUGCUCGCCCUAUGCGUGGCCUUGGUGAACGCCGGAAGUGGACUUACCGCCCUCUGGGUGCUGCUGGUUUGCACGGGCUACUUGCUUUUCUUGAGCUUUAUCUUCAAGCCAAUCUUCUUCCGAUUUCUUGAGCGCACAGGCAGCCUGCAAAAGGGCCCCAGUCAGUCGGUUGUGACGUUGACUUUACUCAUUGCUCUUGCAUCUGCCUUCUUUACUCAGGCUAUUGGAGUCCACGCAAUAUUUGGCGGGUUCGUAAUUGGCCUGAUCUGCCCCCAUGAAGGUGGAUUUGCUAUCAAAUUGACGGAAAAGAUCGAAGAUCUCGUUGCAGCCCUUUUUCUACCCCUGUACUUCACCCUCUCUGGCCUCAGCACGAAUCUGGGCCUUCUGGACAGUGCCAUCGUUUGGGGAUAUGUGGUUGGCGUCAUUGCUAUUGCUUUCAUUGCCAAAGUGACCGGAGGCGCUCUUGCAUCUCGCUGGUGUGGACUGUUAUGGCGCGAAAGUUUCUCUAUUGGGGUUUUGAUGAGUUGCAAAGGCUUAGUCGAGCUGAUUGUCCUGAAUAUUGGUCUGCAGGCCAAGAUUUUGAGUACUCGCACAUUCACUAUUUUCGUUGUGAUGGCUCUGGUCACAACCUUCCUCACGACCCCACUGACGACGAUCCUCUACCCGCCCUGGUAUCAAAUCAAGGUAGACCGAUGGCGGCGUGGGGAGAUCGACUGGGACGGAAAUCCCAUCCAGCAGGAUCACCGGUCCGAUAGUGUCUCAGCCGUGAAGGAUCAGCUGAAGACCCUUCCCGUCCGAAAGCUUUUGGUUUAUCUCCGUUUGGAUGGACUCUCGGGAAUCUGCACACUGGCCGCCCUGUUGAGCCUCAACCGCGGAGCUGCGCUGUCAUCACCGCGGAUACACCCUUCGAAGAAGCUGAAGCAGGCUGAACAAUCCGUUGAGGAUGCCGUUAGCUCGGAUGACAACAAGGAGACCGCACUCCGAGUCCAUGGUGUCCGACUCAUGGAGCUGACAGAUCGUGACUCUAGUGUCAUGAAGGUUUCUUUCGGAGAACAUGCCAUGUGGGACCCAGUCGUUAAUACCUUUUCUGCCUUCGGGGACUGGCAAGAUGUUUCUCUUCGGGCUGGUGUAUCCGUGGUGCCUGAACAUUCUUACGCAGAUACCGUCAUCGACAUGGCCCGCCAGGAUAAAGCGGACCUUCUUCUCCUCCCAUGGAGCGAGACCGGAACAUUGGCAGACCGCCAAAGUGGCCUCGAAGUUGAUUCAGCAGGCCGAUUUGCUAAUGGCCCAUACGCCGACUUUGUCUCCAAUAUUCUGGAGCGUGUCCCGGGCCAUGUGGGUAUUAUGAUCGAGCACAACCCCGGAUCUCGCCCUGCAAAACGCCCAGCAGCCCAGCGCUCGUCUAGUGGAAUUAGUAUUCAUGACUCCGUUUGGUCACGACCAACUUUCGGUGAUCGGUCUCAUCAUCUUGUACUCCCGUUCUUCGGCGGUGACGAUGACCGCAUUGCACUUCGACUUGUCCUGCAGCUUGCACAGAAUGAUCUAGUGACUGCUACUAUCAUUCAGCUUGCAGGGUUUCCAUCAGAUACAACCAAAGCUGCUGUAUCCAGAUCCGUAUUCUCCGGAGCCGCUGCUGGAACGCCGAGUGGUCAGUCAGAUAUCGUGUUCUUCGAGACUCUGCGUGAUUCUGUUCCGGAGGAUCUGAAAAACCGUGUCGUCUUCCAACAGCCUGAUGUGCAGGAGACGAUCAGUGACCCAAUCCAGCUGGCUCUGGCCUCUGUGCGACAAGAGCUCAAUCUAACUUCCAACAAACCAGGCAAUAUUAUUGUUGUCGGGCGGCAUAGUAGCACUCUUGAUUCUACCAUUGAAAUCGACGCGGGUGAGCAGAGCAUCGGUUCUGAUGCUCGGCGAGCCCUUGGAGCCAUGGCUUCGGCGAUGGUGCAACCGGGGGCCAAGGUUUUUGGUAGCGUGCUGGUGCUACAAGCUGGCCCCAGUUCUGGGUUGCUUGACAGUUACCAGUGA